UAAAAUGUUUAUUUGCAGCCAACGUGUCUCCCAUCAGAUUGCCAUGGGGCUCGCUAAUGCAAAGGGAUCUAGCGGGUUGCGCCGCGCAGGCCAUUGGAUUUGGAGUCACCAAGGACGGUGGUCGUGUGACGAACAAACAGUUCCUUAGCAAUGUAACACUGGAGGUGAUCAGUAAUGAGUCGUGCGGGCGUAGAUAUGGAAAUAUCAACGUAUCCAAGCUCUGCACGAGCGGUGCGGGCGGCAGGAGUAUUUGCUUCGGGGACUCCGGGGGACCUCUCGUCACCACACACGAAGGGAAGCUCGUCUUGAUUGGCGUCUCAUCGUUUGUAUCGACUCGUGGCUGUGAAAGUGGACAACCGGCGGGAUUCGCUCGGGUCACCAACUUCGUCCCCUGGAUUCAGUCCCACUUGUAGUUCUAACAUCUAACAGGGUUACCAUAUUUUACUAAG